AUGGGGGACCGCGGCGGCACGGGCGGCUCCCGGCGCCGGAGGACCGGUUCGAGACACUCAACCCAAGUGACGGAAGAGGAGGUGCGGGGCGGGCCCGCGGGACCCGACGUGGGUGCUGGGGGAGACGCGCCGGGCCCAGCCCCGGCCAAGGACCGAGACGCCGUCGUGGGCAGCAGCCCCCGUGAGCUGAGCUGCCAUCGCCUUCAGGAGUCCUUGUUUAGCUCCGACAGCGGCUUCAGCAACUACCGUGGCAUCCUGAACUGGUGUGUGGUAAUGCUGGUCUUGAGCAAUGCACGGCUGUUUUUAGAGAACCUCAUCAAAUACGGCAUCCUGGUAGACCCAAUCCAGGUGGUGUCUCUGUUCCUGAAAGACCCCUACAGCUGGCCUGCCCUGUGCCUGGUUAUUGUGGCCAAUGUCUUUGCUGUGGCCGCAUUCCAAAUUGAGAAACGUUUGGCAGUGGGGGCCCUGACAGAGCAGGCAGGAUUGCUGCUGCAUAUGACCAACCUGACCACCAUUCUCUGCCUGCCAGCGUCUGUGGCCUUCCUGGUGGAUUCCAUCACUCCAGUGGGGUCCGUGUUGGCACUGUUGGUGUACACCAUCGUCUUCCUUAAGCUUUUCUCCUACCGGGACGUCAACCAAUGGUGCCGCGAGCUCAGGGCCCGGGCUAAGACUGGUGAGGGGCGGCCGGGACCUGGGACCCGCACGGCCAAGGCCAGCCUCGGAGCCUCUACAGACAAGGCCAAUGGGGCUGCAGCCCAGCGUUUGGUGAACUACCCGGACAAUUUGACCUACGGAGAUUUGUAUUACUUCCUCUUUGCUCCCACCCUGUGUUACGAACUCAACUUUCCCCGCUCCCCCCGGAUCCGGAAGCGCUUCCUGCUGCGGCGGCUCCUGGAGAUGCUGUUCCUCACACAGCUCCAGGUGGGGCUGAUCCAGCAGUGGAUGGUGCCCACUAUCCAGAACUCCAUGAAGCCCUUUAAGGACAUGGAUUACUCCCGCAUUAUUGAGCGCCUCCUGAAGCUAGCGGUCCCCAACCACCUCAUCUGGCUCAUCUUCUUCUACUGGCUCUUCCACUCCUGCCUGAACGUCGUGGCUGAACUCAUGAAGUUUGGAGACCGGGAAUUCUACCGGGACUGGUGGAAUGCCGAGUCCGUCAGCUACUUCUGGCAGAAUUGGAACAUCCCUGUCCACAAGUGGUGCAUUAGACACUUCUACAAGCGCAUGCUCCGCUGGGGCGCCUACAAGUGGAUUGCCAGGACCGGGGUGUUCCUAGCCUCAGCUUUUUUCCAUGAGUACCUGGUGAGCAUCCCCUUACGUAUGUUCCGUCUCUGGGCCUUCACCGGCAUGAUGGCACAGAUUCCCCUAGCCUGGAUCACGAACCGCUUCCUCAUGGGUAACUACGGCAACGCGGUGGUGUGGCUGACACUCAUCAUUGGGCAGCCAGUGGCGGUACUCAUGUAUGUGCACGACUACUACGUGCUUCACCAUGAGGCUGCACCACCGACUGCCUGA